GGUGACUCGGCGACCUUGGCCCGGAGACUCUAGCGGGGACCCACCGGCGGCGGCGGCGGCGACUUUGCCCAGUGCGGAGGACCGAGCGGACUGCGUGUCCGCGGGCGGGCCCCGGAGAUGUUGGCUUUCGCGGCCAGGACCGUGGUGAAGCCCCUGGGCUUCCUCAGGCCCUCCUCCUUGAUGAAUGUCUCCAGCCGCUUCAAGGCCCACCAGGAUUCGCUGCCCCGGUUGCCCGUGCCUGCGCUCCACCAGUCCCUGGAUCGCUACCUCAAGGCUCUGCAGCCCAUCGUGAGCGAGGAGGAGUGGGCCCAGACCAAGCAGCUGGUGGAAGAGUUUCAGACUGCGGGGGGUGUAGGGGAGCGCCUGCAGAAGGGGCUGGAGCGCAGGGCCAGGAAGACGGAGAACUGGCUGUCCGAAUGGUGGCUCAAAACAGCCUACCUCCAGUACCGCCAGCCCCUGGUCAUCUACUCCAACCCUGGUGUGGCCCUGCCCAAACAGGACUUUGUGGACCUGCAGGGACAGCUCCGGUUCGCUGCCAAAUUCAUCGAGGGCGUUUUGGAUUUCAAGGCCAUGGUUGACAACGAGACCUUGCCCGUGGAGUACCUGGGGGGGAAGCCGCUGUGCAUGAACCAGUACUAUCAGAUCCUGUCCUCCUGCCGCGUGCCAGGCCCCAAGCAGGACACGGUCAUCAGCUUCAGCAAGACCAAGAAGCCGCCCAUGCACAUCACUGUGGUGCACAACUACCAAUUUUUUGAGCUGGAUGUGUACCACAGCGAUGGGACACCCCUGACAUCAGAUCAGAUCUUCAUGCAACUGGAGAAGAUCUGGAACUCGUCACUACAAACCAACAAAGAGCCCGUGGGCAUCCUCACCUCCAACCACCGCAACUCCUGGGCCAAGGCAUACAACACCCUCAUCAAAGACAAGGUGAACCGGGAAUCAGUACGCUCCAUCCAGAAGAGCAUCUUCACCUUGUGCCUGGACGCCCCCAUGCCCCGGGUCUCAGACGAUGUGUAUCGCAACCACGUGGCCGGCCAGAUGCUGCACGGGGGUGGAGGCAAGCUUAACAGUGGCAAUCGCUGGUUCGACAAGACGCUGCAGUUCAUUGUGGCAGAAGAUGGCUCCUGUGGGCUUGUGUAUGAGCAUGCAGCAGCAGAGGGCCCCCCCAUCAUUGCCCUUGUGGACCACGUCAUUGAGUUCACGAAGAAGCCCGAGCUCGUGCGGUCCCCCAUGGUGCCCCUGCCCAUGCCCAAGAAGCUGCGGUUCAACAUCACCCCCGAGAUCAAGAGUGACAUUGAAAAGGCCAAGCAGAAUCUCAGCAUCAUGAUCCAGGACCUGGACAUCAUGGUGAUGGUGUUCCACCACUUUGGAAAAGACUUCCCCAAGGCGGAGAAGCUGAGCCCCGAUGCCUUUGUCCAGAUGGCCUUACAGCUGGCCUACUACCGGAUCUACAAACAGGCGUGCGCCACGUACGAGAGUGCCUCCCUGCGCAUGUUUCACCUGGGCCGCACCGACACCAUCCGCUCCGCCUCCGUGGAUUCACUGGCCUUCGUCAAAGCCAUGGAUGACCCCAGCGUGUCGGAGCACCAGAAGGUGGAGCUGCUGCGGAAGGCCGUGCAAGCCCACCGAGCCUACACCGACCAGGCCAUCCGCGGGGAGGCCUUCGACCGGCACCUGCUGGGACUGAAGCUGCAGGCCAUUGAGGACCUGGUGAGCAUGCCCGACAUCUUCAUGGACACCUCCUACGCUAUCGCUAUGCACUUCAACCUCUCCACCAGCCAGGUCCCUGCCAAGACAGACUGCGUCAUGUUCUUUGGGCCCGUGGUCCCAGAUGGCUACGGCGUUUGCUAUAACCCAAUGGAGGCUCACAUCAACUUCUCCGUGUCGGCCUACAACAGCUGUGCCGAGACCAACGCAGCCCGCCUGGCACACUACCUGGAGAAGGCACUCCUGGACAUGCGCGCACUGCUGCAGAGCCACCCUCGGGCCAAGCUGUGAGCCCCCUGUGCUCAGGCCUGCCGGUGUCACAGCCACGCCCACCCCAGGGGUGGGCCGCCCACCAGCGUUCCGCUCCUUUGCUCCCUGCCCCCUGGACCUUGCAGCUCUGACUAAUGCAGGGCUGGCAUCCCCCAGCAGGGCCUGCAGGCCUGAGCCAGGGCCUUCCAUGGGGUCAUCCCCAGCAUUUGCUGGGGCCCGGGUCCUGGGCUGAGUUCAGAGGCUGAGCAGGACGGAAGGCCCUGGUGCCCGGCGCGUCACCCAUGAGCCCACCUCCAGGAAAAGGAAGCCGAAGAGCCCGUCCCUUGCCAGGGCAGCAGACUGGGAAGUCCUUUUCUUGCUAGCUCAGCUCUAGCCAGUCCUCUGCCCUCUACACUGCUGG